CUCCACCACCAUCACCACCAGAACGCUGGGCCUCAGCAUCCCCGUCUUUACAGUGAGGGUGUGGCAAUAUCUCCUUGCAAAACACCAACCUCCGGAGACUCCCUGCGCUGAGUGCGAGCAGAAGGGGACUCUCAGAGACGCCUCUCGUGUGGCCCGCCAUCAUUCCAUAGAACCCGAACCCUCCCCUUCCCACCAUGCCCUGGCUUUCUCUAAAGGUUUUAUUGGUGGGGGUGAGUUUCUUGGGAUGUCUUUAUCCUCUUGUGGAUUUUUGCUUCAGUGGGGAAACCAGAGCCCGGAAACCAAAUUUCGUGAUCAUUUUGGCAGAUGACAUGGGGUGGGGUGACCUGGGAGCAAACUGGGCAGAAACAAAGGACACUGCCAACCUUGAUCAGAUGGCCGCCGAAGGAAUGAGGUUUGUGGAUUUCCACGCAGCUGCCUCCACCUGCUCGCCCUCCCGGGCCGCCCUGCUCACCGGCCGGCUGGGCCUGCGCAACGGGGUCACACACAACUUUGCCGUCACCUCUGUGGGGGGCCUUCCGCUCAACGAGACCACCUUGGCCGAGGUGCUGCAGCAGGCCGGCUACGUCACCGGGAUGAUAGGCAAAUGGCACCUUGGGCAUCACAGCUCUUAUCACCCCAACUUCCGUGGGUUUGAUUACUACUUUGGGAUCCCAUACAGCCACGAUAUGGGCUGCACAGACAGCCCGGGCCUCAACCUCCCUCCUUGCCCGGCGUGCCCCCGGGGCGAGAGACCAUCCAGGAGCCCCGACAGGGACUGCUACACGGACGUGGCCCUUCCUCUGUACGAGAACCUGCGCAUCGUGGAGCAGCCCGUGAACCUGAGCGGCCUUGCGCACAGGUACGCCGAGAAGGCCACCCAGUUCAUCCAGCGUGCCAGCGCCAGCGGGAGGCCGUUCCUGCUCUACGUGGGCCUGGCCCACAUGCAUGUGCCCCUGACCAGGACCCCGCUGGCGGCAGACCCGUACGCUGCGGGCCUCCGGGAGAUGGACAGCCUGGUGGGCCAGAUCAAAGACACCGCUGACCGCACGGCCAAGGGAAAUACGUUCCUCUGGUUUACAGGCGACAACGGCCCGUGGGCUCAGAAAUGUGAGCUGGCAGGCAGCGUGGGUCCCUUCACCGGAUCGUGGCAAGUUCCUCGAGGGGGGAGCCCAGCCAAGCAGACCACCUGGGAAGGAGGCCACCGGGUCCCGGCGGUGGCGUACUGGCCUGGCAGAGUCCCCGGCAAUGUCACCAGCGCCGCCUUGUUAAGCGUUCUGGACAUCUUCCCCACCGUGGUGGCCCUGGCCGGCGCCCGCCUGCCCCGAGGCCGCCACUUCGACGGUCUGGAUGCCUCCGACGUGCUCUUUGGCGGGUCGCAGACCGGACACAGGGCGCUGUUUCACCCCAACAGUGGGGCAGCGGGAGAGUACGGAGCCCUGCAGACUGUCCGCCUGGAGCGUUACAAGGCCUUCUACGUCACCGGUGGAGCCAGAGCCUGCGACGGGAGUGUGGGGCCUGCGCGGUAUCACGAGCCCCCCCUUAUUUUCAACCUGGAAGAGGAUGUUGCGGAAGCUCUGCCUCUGGAAGCCGGCAGUGCCGAGUACCAGAGCGUGCUGCCCCAGGUCAGCGAGGUUCUUGCCGGCGUCCUGCACGACAUCGCGGGGGACAGCGUCUCCAGAGCAGACUACACGCAGGACCCUGCGGCCGCUCCCUGCUGUGACCCCCACCAGCCUGCCUGCCGCUGCCAGACCGCCUCCCAGACCGAGUUCCCACGAGCAGGAGCGGCAGGAAAUGAGACGGCGAGUGCACACCCACCCUCUCUCUAGUGACGUACGCGUUACAAGUCUCGGGGUUUGGGCGGGAAGCCACCGCCUUGCAUCCCCCACCGUCCCGUCUGCAUGCUGGCUUGGGAGGUCGGCUGCCGAGAGCUGUAACGGGGACGCCCACGGGCUCAGAGGCAGCCCAGGGUCAAGGCCUGGAGUUUGAACUUGGGCCAUGACUUACCCUACCUUGCCAGCUGAUGUUGAGGAUUCGGUCAGGCAGUCCAUGGACGUGCCGGGCAUAUAUUACCUGACACGUGAGGCAGGCACUUAAUUCGUUUUAGUCUUUUUUUUUUUUUUUAAUGCAUUCCAUUUCACUGGUCACUUUCGUAGAGAUUUGUGCCAACUGGUAUCUAGGCAAGGCUUCUCCAUCUCUAACACGCACACGACUCUCACCGGGAGCUUGUGAAAGUACCGAUUCUGACCCGGGAGGUCUGGGUUGGGGCCUGAGCACCUCCAUCUCUAGGCCACCCCUGGGGGUGCUUGGGUGGCGUGGGUGCUGACUAGACAAAGUCAGAGGUUCCAGGUCUCCAAGCAGAAGAGCCCACAGAUAAGUCCCUGGCCCGACCCGCCACCCCUGAACCUCACCGUCACCUUUUAACGGUCAAAUGGCUGUAUUUUAAAGACUUGAGGAGUUCUUCCUGCUUCCUAAAACCAUGAAGAAAUAAACUUUCAGAGCCU